AUGGUCAAGGCUGUCGCUGUCGUCCGUGGUGACUCCAAGGUCACCGGCUCCGUCAUUUUCGAGCAGGAGUCCGAGUCCGCUCCCACCAAGAUCACCUGGGACAUCACCGGCAACGACCCCAACGCCAAGCGUGGCAUGCACAUCCACACCUUCGGUGACAACACCAACGGCUGCACCUCUGCCGGCCCUCACUUCAACCCCCACAACAAGGGUCACGGCGCCCCCGAAGACGAGGACCGCCACGUCGGUGACCUUGGCAACAUCGAGACCGAUGGACAGGGCAACUCCAAGGGCACCGUCACCGACAAGCACGUCAAGCUGAUCGGCCCCGAGAGCGUCAUCGGCCGCACUGUCGUUGUCCACGGCGGCACUGACGACCUCGGCAAGGGUGAAAACGAGGAGUCCAAGAAGACUGGCAACGCCGGUCCCCGCCCCGCCUGCGGUGUCAUUGGCAUCUCUAACUAA